AUGAGUGCACCAGCAUAUUAUGAACUUUAUAGAAGAUCUACCAUCGGAGUAACGUUGACAGAUGCGUUAGAUACGCUUAUUUCUGAUGAACGAAUCCCACCACAAUUAGCCAACAGAAUCUUGACCAAUUUUGAUCGAAUUAUCAGUGAUUUGCUUAAACAUGAAAGUAAUAUAGCAAAAUCGAAGUUGACAUUCAAAGGUGAUUUGGAUACUUAUAGAUUUUGUGACGAUGUGUGGACUUUUAUUAUCAAGAAUGUGUUGAUUAAAAUGAGUGAUGUAACUGGUGGUGGCUCUGGUAAUGACAGUGUUGAUACUGAAGUUCAAGUUGAAAAGUUCAAGAUUGUUGCUUGUAAUUCCAGAAAAGCUGGCGAAAUGUAA